AUAGAAGGUGUCACGUGUCACCAAAGAAGGUGUUUUCAGCUAUGGUAAACCAUGGAAAUUUGGUGAAGUUAGAAGGAUUCAGUAUAGACCCUGAAGAUGCAAACUGCUACUUAGUGUAUGAGUUCAUUGAAAAUGGUUCUCUCCACUCAUGGCUACAUGAGAACAAGAAUGAAAAACUGAACUGGAAAAAAAGGUUGAGAAUUGCAAUUGAUGUUGCAAAUGGUCUGCAGUACAUCCACGAGCAUACACGUCCACAAGUUGUGCACAAAGACAUCAAGAGCAGUAAUAUUCUCCUGGAUUCCAAUAUGAGGGCCAAAGUUGCCAAUUUUGGUCUAGCAAAAUCAGGCUGCAAUGCCAUAACAAUGCACAUUGUUGGCACACAAGGGUACAUUGCCCCAGAAUACCUAGCAGACGGGGUGGUCUCAACAAAAAUGGAUGUUUUCUCCUUUGGCGUUGUUCUGCUCGAGCUUGUUUCUGGGAGGGAGGCGAUUGAUGAAGGCGGUAAGCUCUUGUCGGCAAGUGCAAAAGGAAUUUUAGAGGGGGAUGAGGAGAGGAAGGUGAAAAGAUUGAGGGAAUGGAUGGAUAAAGUUCUGCUCGAGGAGACAUGCCCUAUGGGGAGUGUGCUGAAUGUAAUGUCUGUUGCCAUUGCUUGUUUGCAUAGAGACCCUUCAAGGAGGCCUAGUAUGGUGGAUAUCGUGUACGCAUUGUGCAAGAGUGAUGAUGUCUAUUUCGAAGCAUCAGAUGACGGAUUAUCAACGCCUACGGUGGUGGCAAGGUGAAUGUACAUCUAAUCCCGAAGCUUGAUUAAGGACAUGUUGAUGUAAUAUUUUUGUUUACAAAAAAUUGUGGACUGCAAAACUUGAUAGAAGAGCUAUAUCCUUAUUCAAUAAUUCUUGUUUUACAUGUUGGUGUGAUUCAAAUUACGAAAUAAAGAAAUCCCUUUUGU